CAGUGGUGCAGCACUGAUUCUGGACUCUUCAGCUUUUAUUUAUUUUUAUCUUCUGCGUCUGAAUUUUCCUACAAAAUCCACGGAAAUCUGAUCAAGCUGAACCCCUGCUGGACCCCUGCUGAACCCCUGCGAGCACUCAGAGCCGACAUGUCGGUGGGGAGCGACUUUGGAAAUCCAUUACGGAAAUUUAAACUAGUUUUUUUAGGUGAACAGAGCGUUGGAAAAACGUCGCUGAUAACGCGCUUCAUGUACGACAGCUUCGACAGCACGUAUCAGGCGACGAUCGGUAUCGACUUCUUAUCGAAGACCAUGUACCUGGAGGAUCGAACCGUGCGGCUGCAGCUGUGGGACACGGCAGGACAGGAACGUUUCAGGAGUCUCAUUCCCAGCUACAUACGAGACUCCACCGUGGCCGUGGUCGUCUACGACAUCACCAACGUGAACUCGUUCCAGCUGACCUCGAAAUGGGUCGAUGAUGUCAGAACGGAGAGAGGAAGUGACGUCAUCAUCAUGCUAGUCGGCAACAAAACAGACCUGGAGGAGAAGAGACAGAUCUCCAUCGAGGAGGGUGAGCAGAGAGCUAAAGAGCUCAAAGUGAUGUUCGUGGAGACGAGCGCUAAAACUGGCAGCAACGUGAAACAGUUGUUUCGGCGAGUGGCGGCUGCUCUCCCUGGCAUGGAGAACCUGGACGAGAUGGGCAAGGAGGGCAUGAUUGACAUCACGCUGGACAAACACCAGGAGCCUCCCGCCUCUGAGAGCAGCUGCAUAUGUUAGUCCAGCGCCCCCCUGUGGACGCCUCCGCCCCCGCGACCCGCUCCUGAGCGUUCCUAAAGCUUUCAGAUCUAAAAAAUUCAUCCCGACUGCAUCAUUACAGAGAGAUCGACGGUUCUGUCUUUCAGACGGAAUAAAGUAGGACGAAACGUGGUGUUAUGUUUUGUAGAUAAGAAACCGAGACGGGCGGUAGCGGGUCGUUCUUUGUUUAUAAUUUUAAAGUCUUUUUUUUAUUUGUUAGAAUCUGAAAUCUGGAUCUGCAGUGAAACAAAAAUAAAUUUUGGUCUAAUUUGUGAAUUAAGAGCAACGUUCUAGCUGUGGCUGGUCAUCGGUUCGGCAGAUGCUAAAUGCUAUUCUGUUUUCCAAUAUUAAAUUAUAGAGGUAAAAAUUAACUCCCGCUGGCAGAAUUAGUCUCACCUGCCAAGCUGUAAAAGUCGGCUGAUGAUAGCGAUUAAUGAUAGUAACCCAGUUUAAUCCUGCUCGUUGCUAAAGCAAACUGGUUUUGCUCCAUUGCAGUAUGAUGAACCACUUUGAAUAGUCAAUUCAGCCGUAAAACACACUAGCGCACCAGCGCUGAGAUUUUAAGCUCCUCAGUUCUAAUCAGGCUGAAGAGAUUCUUCAUUACUGCUGCAGCUGCGACCUCUGCUGGCUGGUCGAGGUGCCGCACAGGGACAAUGAAUAAUGAAUAACGGACCCUCCUCAGUCAGGGUCGAGAUCUGCAGCAGUAGAGGAGACACACGUGGAUGAUAUAGAUAGAAUUUAUAGUUUUGCUGCAGUUGCGACCUCUGCUGGCUGGUCGAGGUGCUGCACAGAGACGAUGAAUAAUGGAGAGCAGUGUGUGACUCAGUGCGCAAUACAGAUCUCCAGUGCAAAUAAAAAGAAGCAGUUGGCCACUGCACGUGUGUUAGGUACAACCCUCCUCAGUCAGGGUCGGGGUCUGCAGCAGUAGAGGAGACACAAGUGGUUAAUUGGAUACGACUAAAUUGAGGGAAAAAAUGUUAAUGCAUAAAUAGAAUUUAAAAUUUUAAGAAUUUUAGAGUUUUGCUUUUUUUUGUGAGCUGGAUGGAAAUGAAGCGCUGUCGAGUCUCCUCUGGUCCCCUCAGGAUUUGGGAUAUCGGACGAAGUGACCGAGCUUAAAUAAACACAAUUUAAUUAGCAAUUUAAUUCAGGACCUGAAGGGAAUCGGGCGCUUCAGCUCCUCACCAAAUCCACCUACAACCUUCUACACCGUCUACAGUCCAAGUUUAAGAAGACGUCAUGCACUUUCAUGCUGUACUGUAAUGUAAAUAAUAUUUCUAUUAUCCUAAACUCUCGUCGUUAGUCGUGACGUACGUAUAAAACUACGCUUCCGUUCGAUAAGGGCUUCACUCUGAUUGGUUCUCUCUGCACGGAUUCUGACGAUUUAUCUCUUAGCUCCGUCGUAGUUCGUUGUGAACCUGCUUAAACCCCGCUGGGUUCGAUUCCCCGGGCCGGACGAUCAGGGUCCUUUCUGUGUAGAGUUUGCAUGUUCUCCCUGUGUCCUCGUGGGUUUUCUCCGGGUGCUCCGGUUUCCUCUCACAAGUCCAAAGACGUGCAGUCAGACCAACUCUCGCUACUAGAAGUUACCCUAAGUGUGUGUUUGAGUGUGUGUGUGUGUGUUCUGUGAUGGACUGGACCCAGUGUGACCCUGACCAUGAUACUUAUUUUCGGCACAUCAGUAAAACACUCUAGCCCAGCAGUACUGUUCACAGUUCAAAUCUCAGCUUUGUUAUCAGCCGGCCGGGCGCCUACACAGACACGUGAUUGGCUGUGUGUGUCUGUAGGGGGCGGGACGACGGCUUAAACAUGGUUCCUCGUCAUGGUUCCGCUGUUGAGGUGUUUGAACGGGGGCUGGUCUCUGUGAGACCCCGCCCCUGGCAGGUGAAAAGAAGCGGCAGUAAUACUGAGGUCAGACUUUCAGGACUGUGUUAAUCAGCGGUUAUAAACCUGCCGCCGGUGGUUUUUCUGUACAAGUGACGUCUGUUUAUUAGCGCUUUGAUUUUGUACGUUUGAGGAUUUUUAGCCCUCGUUGCACCUACAUUUGUUUCAGUGCAUUAUGGGUAAAAUACGAGGGAUCUUCAAAAAGUUUCCUCACUUAUGUUCUAUAUAUUGUGGUUAUAAGCGGUGAGGGAGGAGGAGGAGGAAUCGUUCGUGUCUGAGAGACGCUUAUAGUCCGGGAUUUUUGGGACGCUCGGAGAAGCUUUAAGGGGAGGAAGAUUUUCAUGUGACGAUGAUGUGAAAGCACCGGCGCAUUAGUGCUUGCUGAUGGCACUAAAAAACUGGUACGACGCUGGAAAAACGCACCGGAAGGCGACGAUGUAGAAAUGUGAUGGAGUUUGUGUUUAAAAUUCUUAAUAAAUAGAGUUUAAAUAAUUAAGUGCUGAAACUUAUGGAAGAUCCUCGUAGUCGUUUCUAUGGGUUUGAGGUUUGAGUUCUAGAGUUUUAGAGCAGCCUCGGGGUCGAGGUGCCACCGAUUAAAACCCUGUCAUUUACAUAACAAGGUCAAACUGACAGUGAUUGUCUACCUGGUCACUUCUGGUGGCCACGCCCGAGGUUUGUUUGUGUUUGGUUAUGACCAAUCAGACGUCUUUAUUAUUAUUAUUAUUAUUAUUUUAUUGUGAAGCCCACGUCUGUUGCCACACGUAAUAUAUACUAACGAUAAAUGAUGUACACAGCUAACGUUGUGUGAUAUACUCACUGUGAGGUUGGGGUUGUGCUUGGGUUGCAGGAACCAGGAGAUCCAGCCCCUAAUUUAGGGAAGUCAAGGGCUGAAAAGGGUCGAGAACCUCUUCCGUAAACGCUGUAAAAUUACGUUAAAGCAGGGGUGCCCACACUUUCGUGGCUUGAGAUCUACUAUUUCAGUCGACAGGUCAUCGUGAUCUACUCUUUAGAGUUGGCCUCAUCAUGUUUCAAAAAAGCUUUGACACUUUUUUAAGUGCGCUUCAGUUCCUGUAUUAAUAUUCAGCUUUACAGAGCAAGAGAUGAAAACUCACACUGACCUUAUUCUGAUGAUUUACACUGAAUGGUGUCGGUCAGGUUUAUGUAUCUGGACAGAAGCUGCUGAUGCCAGUUCACAAGCAGCUUCCAAGUGGUCAUCAGUAAGGAUGGACCCAUAUUUACACUUUAUUAUUUUCAUGUUGAAAAGGCUGAUUCAGACAAGCAGGUCGAUCCAAAACCGCUGUCAAAUAUGCGGCACAUUUUUUAUGUUUGGAUAUUUUUCCUCAACCAGCAAGUUCCAAAGUUGUCCAGCAGAGGCGCUUGACUUCAUAUGAAUGUCAGAUUGAGGGUUAAAAUUUCUCCAUCAGCUUCUCUGCAGCGUUCUUGUCCGAAUCGAAGCGUUUUUGGUUUCUUUGUGCUUACACAAACAGUGUAAGAUACAAAAGGAAAAAUGCAAAAAUGGCGCAAACUGGCUACUGAUGAAUAAAAACUUUCUAGAUUUGUGGUGCUUUAGGUGGGCUGAGGCGUAGCUAUGGGAAAAAAAACACAAAUUAAAGAAACAGUGGCCACAUUUUAUGUCAAUCACGUUGACCUGUUUGAAUGAGGUGCGAUCUACCAGCGUGUAGUGUGCGAUCGACGUAUUGGGCACCCCUGCGUUAUAUAUGUGAAGUGUUUACCUGCUGUAGUUCUACUAGAUCUUCAUAUUCCAUAUUUCCUCUCUUUACAUGCACUGACGCCUCACUGUGUAUCAACAAACGUUAAUUAUUUUGCUUGUUUGGUCGUUUCUUCACUUGAUAUUAGCAUAACUGAAUUAACUGGGAGGGAAUCACUACAAACCCUUUAUUUAUAUCUAUAAUAAUGCAAACAUGAAUGAAGCCACUGAAGUAAACAGGUUUUAGAUGAACGCGUCUCGUUUAUCAUUUUCAUCAUUAAUCUUUCUGUGACACUAUUGUGCCUUCUGUUACCCCAACACCAAAACAUGACGGGUUAAAAGGGAGUUUUCACCAUUAUUUAUAAAAAGCAGUUAAUCGAGAGAGCAAAUCCUUUACAUUAAUAACAGUAUGUACUCGUAUUAUGCACCGUCGAGGCGUUUCCGGUUACUCUGAUCAUGUUUUUUGAUGUAAACGUUGGUCGGGCUGUGUGUUCGGCUCUGUUGAUUCUGUAAGAUCAUUUAUGAGCAUGAAAACUGUCUGAAUAAACCAAUAAACUCUACAUGUUACCACCA